AUGCCUCAAGCUCAGCCUGAAUUGAAGAAGUACAUGGAGAAGCGGGUCUUCUGCCAACUCAACGGCAACCGCAAAGUCAUUGGAAUUCUCCGUGGAUACGAUGUGUUCAUGAACAUUGUCCUCGAUGAGGCAUUUGAGGAGAAGGCUGGUGGAGAGAAGGUCGCUAUCGGCAUGAUUGUCAUUCGCGGUAACUCGGUCGUGAUGCUCGAGGCUCUUGAGCGCAUCACUGAUAAAUAA